GGGGCCCCUCCCAAAUGAGCCCACCCCCUUUCCAGCUAAGUUCUUUGGGGCAUCUGGCCAGCCACGCGCUCCGGGUCCCACCCACGUGGAUUGGUGCCAAGGGCAGGGCUGGGUGAACGUGGUACGUGGGGAGAUGUGGAUGAACUAAAUUGGUAAAACAAGACAGAGAGGCAGACAGACGAGGAAACUCCCGGAGGAAACAGCAGAAAAAGCCGAGGUGGGAGACUGCCUGCACCCGGGGGCCCUCAUCAGCCCUUCAAGGGAUUUCAAGCAUCCAGCUGCCAGGAUGAGUUUCCUCCUCUUUGCAGUCACUGCCCUCCACGUCCUUAUUCUGAUCUUACUCUUUGUGGCUACGUUGGACAAGUCGUGGUGGGUUCUGCCGGAUAAGGAAACUGUUAACAUCUGGUAUGACUGCAUAUACCACAAUGAGAGUCAGGCCUGGACAUGCAGCUCAGUUUCAGAAAGUGAGUGGCUCCAUGCCGUCCAGGCCUUCAUGGUUUUAAGUCUUCUCUUCUCCAGUUUUGCCUUCAUCAUCUUCAUGUGCCAACUCUACACCAUGAAGCGGGGAAGCCUGUUUUACGCCACCGGAAUCUUCCAGAUACUCACUGCUAUCUCCGUGUUCACAGCUGCCAUUAUCUACACCACCCAUGUGGAAGAUUUCCAGUAUGGGCGACCGAAAGGUGGCUCCUUUGGCUACUGUUUUGUGUUGGCGUGGCUCUCUUUUCCCUUGGCUCUUGUCAGCGGGAUCAUUUACAUCCACCUUCGAAAAAAGGAGUGACUGUCAACCAGGGGAUCUCUCCCUUUGCCUUGGAAGGGGGCCUCUUUUCCUCUGAAUUUAGCUCUGUAUUAACUCUUUGCUGUUUUUUAAGGCAGUCAUGAUACAAAAUCAUACGCAAUGCGUGGCUGGAUCCAUGGGGCUAUCGCACUGCAGAUGCAUCACCUCUUGUUUGCAUGUUAUCAUGUACUUCUCAUGAUACGGCAAAUUAAAGGUGUAUAAUCUUGCUCUGAGCAUUUCUUUGGUCUCGAAGAUGUUAUGCUCUAAGCAUGUGUGGUUUUUGCUGGCAGAAUGAUGUGUCAUGAUAACAUGGUAUAUGCUCAUUCAGGGAGUUAUGGUCCCCGUCCCCCUCCCUUUAAAAAAAAAAAAAUAUUUCCAGCAUUUAAAAAAAAAUUGCUGUAUGGCCAACAAUGUUUUCCCUCCGAUAACAAUUUUUUUCUUUUAAGGUUUCCACUUUUUUCUUAACUGUUUGUUUGUUUUUUAAAGAAUCAAAUUGAUAGAACCAUUUUGGAAAUUUAUUUGGUAAACUGAAAAACAAAACUCAAAGCUGCAAACAUUUCCAACACUCUUUUAGAAAAUCCUCAUUUCAAAAUGGAGGAUUGAGCAAGGAAUAUUUAUUUUUUAAACAUUUAUAUACUGUAACAUGUUUGCCUAUCUGAACAUUGUUACUUUUCUGCAUUGCAGAUUGGAAGCUUUAAAAUAUCAAGUGGGGAAAAUCUUUAUACAUUUCAAUUUAAAACCGUGAAACUUUUUAGAUUUUAAAGAAAGUAGGCAGAAAUGAGAAUAUUAGCAAGUUCAAAAUUAUUUGGUUUACUCUAAAAACCUAUCUGUAAGCUUAAGAUAAACAGCAAUCUAUUAUUGGCUAAGAGCCUGGCCCACGUUUCUCAUAGCACACUCUGAUCAUGUUUUCGCAGAUGUAAGUCCCACUAUGUUCAGUGGGGCUUACUCCUGGGUAGCUUCAUACAAUUUCAGUCUCUGAAUCUUCAGAAGGCUCUGCUAACAGCCAGGGCAUUGUACUGUAGAAUAAACCCAAGGGUGUGAUGCAUUUUGUCACUGCCAUUACCCACAAAAGUUGAGUUUCAUCUCCACAUUAAAAAUGUGACAUUACAAGCUGUUUUGGGGUGAGGGGGAGGAGAAGCCUAAGUGUUCACCUAAGAUGUCUCAAGUGGCAACCUAAAAAUGUUAAGUGUGAAUGUGACAAACUCAUGUUUACAAAUACAGCACAUAUGUCAUACAGGACAGACCUAGGUUUACUUCUGGGUAGUGUGUGAAAUGGCCCUGAAAUGUUUAGUCUGUAAAUAUGCUGUCAGUUGUUUUAAAUCAGUGUUCUUCAUUGCAAGGCCCAAGAGCCAGCGGCAGCUCUCAUCAACUGUAAGUGCAGCUCCCUGACUAAUUGUUAAUUAAGCCCGUGUGUAAAAACUUCAGCCAAAGCUGAUUACUCUUGAGUCUACGCACUCACCCUGGCUCCACACCAAGGCCACUAUUCCCACUGCACUGUGCUGUAUUUUACACCAGUGGGGUUCCUUUAAGGGAAACAGCUCUCUCAAGUCCCAGCACCAUCUUGGAAGGUGCUUCUGGAGCGCUGGGAAGUGUAGUCCUUCUUAACACUCUCUCCAUAGAGCUCUAUGGGGAAAGUGCUGGGACUACACUUCCCAGUGUAACCUGUAUGUGUCUUUCAAGAUGGUGCUGGGGCUUGAGGAGACUCCAUUACCUUUAAAGCGCCUCCACCCCAUGGUGCUAGAAAAAGUGCGCCAAUGCACAGAGGUCAGUGUGGUGGGAAAUAGUUCCAGGCCUUUUGCGGGGGGGAGUGGUCCCCACUUGAAAAACAGUGCAGACCACUGCUUUAAAUCAAAUAACUUGGAUGUGUGGCCACCAUCACUAACCUACUUCCUGCUGGACAGCCAGCAACCAACCAUUUAAGAGCAAUAGCUUCCCUGCUCCAAGUAAAUUUAGGCUGCGAUCCUAUGCACAUUUACCUGAAAGAAAGCUCCACUGAACACAGUGGGACUUAGUUCUGAAUAAGCAUGCAUAGAAUUGCACUGUGAUGAGUUAGUGGAGAGAGACUCUGGAUUUCCAAAAAGACAGCAUAGGGUGGGAAGUUGAAAGUAAAUACUAAUCUAAUCUGCCUGCUUCUAAAGCUCAGGCAGGGGGGUGCAUCCCACCAGCCUUCCUCCUUAUAAUUAACCAGUGUAGAAGUGCAACUUACAUGGAAAGAUUGUGCUUCCCCAAUAGCCUUCAGGGCAGUUUGCUUGCAAGUCUCAAAAAACAGGUUUCUUCCAGAUUUCUGUAACAGUAUUAUAUACUCCCCGCAACAUCCCCUUUCACCUUCUGACCUAGCCAGUUGUAUUUUAUAUGCAUUUGAAGGAUGAAAAAUAAUAAACUAAUUCAUCAGA